AUGAUGAAUCGUUACUCCUUAUUUUUUAAAGAUAAUCACUUAGAAGACUAAUAUUAAAAAUAUUUGCUGGAGAUAAAUAGAAAACCUCUUUUAAAAAGAUUGGUAAUCUCCACAACUAUAGUUGAAAUCUCAGACCUAUUACAAAUUAUUGCUUCAGGCAAAUACGAGCUAUUAACUUUGAAUUAUGUAGUUGUGCAUUACUUAUUUGAAAUUAUUCUGAAUUUACUCCUAAUCCUAACAUUUAGAUAUUAUCCUAAAUAUAUAAGGAAAGGCCUUUUUUUAUAUAAUCAUUUUUUUGCCACAGCUUUUGUAGUAAUGGAAUAUGAGGAAGCCAUGUAUUCAAUAAAUUAUUAAAAGAUAAUCUAAUUAGGUAUAAUAGGAUCAUAAUUUAUAAUAAUUUUGUCUUCUGACUUUAUCGAAGCUGCCUACUAAGCAAGUAUUUUCCCUUCAAUAUACUUAUUUAUGUGGUCAUAAAAGCAGGAAUAGAUUUAUUAUGCUGGCAUAAUUGCAGUCAUAUUAUCAGCAUUGGUCUUGUUAUAAUGCUUAUAUGAUCAUUAAGUUGCAUCAAGAUCACGAUUUUAAUUAGGUUAUAUUGAUAAUCAAUGGGAAAACAUAUUUACUUAAUUAAUAGGCGAGUAAUAUUUGAUAUUUUAUUUUGAUAAUGCAACAUUCAGUUUUUAAUUGUCUAAUUCUAAAAAUUACAUUUACAAAAUUGAUACAACAUAAUAGUUAAAAAUCUAUUUGAGGGCAAUCAAAUUAAGUAAAAAAUAAAAUUUUGAAUAAUAUUGUUUUGAACAGAUUUAAAAUCAUAAAACCUUUUCCAAAGAUGAUCUUAAAUAGAAUCUUACAAUUCUAUUUUAAGGUAAAACUCAAAUUAUUCAAUAUUCGAUUUUUUAUAGUAUUCGUCCUCUUAUACUUUUAUAAGUUAUUUCAAAAGAUAAGUAUAUCAAUGAGACAGAAAGAUAAAUUGACAAAAAGAUAAAUUUGGAUUCAAAUUAUUAAUUUAAAUAUAAAAAGUUUAUUUAUUUGUUAUACUAACCUCUUAAAAAGAAGUUUAAAGAUAUAUCUGCAUCCCUUAAUUGUUUAUCAAAAGUUAGAAAAAUUUGUCUCUAUGCAAAUUUAUAAGAAUAUAUCACCCCUCAUAGCAUUUUAUCAGUAUAAAUUUUCAAAUUGGAUUACUUAUUCCAAAAAAUAAAUUUUAUAUACUCAGAUUAUGAUAUAGAAAUUGAUAAUAAAAUCAAUUUAAUUACAAACAAUAAAGAACUGUUAUUAAUGCUAUUCAUAGAGAUAAUAGAAAAAACAAUAUCAAAGCAUUUGAAGAUAUCUACAUUAUUUUUAUAAAACUAUUAAAUUUUAAUCAAAUUUACCUGCUAUUAUUCUAAAAAGUCCUUAGAUUAGUUAAUGCAUAGAGUAAAUCUGUACUCAAAUUUUGUUGAUAGCAUAAAGUUUGAAGAUCAAUGUAUAAUAAAAAAUUAUAUUAGUUAUCGGGCUCUUAAUUCGAAACGUAUAAUUAGAUAUAGGAAAUAAUAUUUCUUUGCUUCCAUCCAAUAAAAACUAGUUAUUUUAAAAUUUACUAAAUACUGAUAGAUGA